GGAGGCGAGCUCACCUAGCGAGCAGAGCGCUUCGUGCGUGCGCGCGGGGCACAAUGGGCGCCGGCGACGGGAGGACGGAGGCGAUCAUGCGCGAGAUCGCGAGCCUGCGCGCCCAGAGGGACGAGCUGGACACCCGCAUGCGCUUCUUGGAGUCCCAGCUCCGAGCCGGCGGCGCUGCGCCGGCGACCACGCUCCCUCCCAGCCUGUCCACCAAGCUGGGCGCCGUGGGCGUGCACGCAGCCGCCGCCGCCGCCGGGGGCGGGCUCAGCCCCGACAUGGUCUGGCGGUACAGCCGCCACCUCCUUCUCCCCGACUUCGGCGUGCAAGGGCAACGGAGGCUCUCCCGGUCAUCUGUUCUGGUGGUCGGAGCCGGAGGGUUGGGCUCGGCCGUAGCCCUGUAUCUGGCUGCAUGUGGCGUUGGUUCCUUAGGCAUUGCUGAUGGAGAAAACGUUGAACUCAGCGAUCUCCAUGGACAGAUUACACACGUAGAAGCAUAUGUUGGGCAGCCAAAAGUGAAAUCAGCAGCGUCUGCUUGCCGGGCGAUUAAUUCCUCUGUCAAGGUGUUCGAGCAUCAACUCAAACUGAAGUCCAAAAAUGCUUUGGAUGUUGUGAGGCAAUAUGACAUAAUAGUCGAUGCGACAAACAGCCCUGCUAGUCGGUACAUGCUUAAUGAUUGCUGUGUCCUUCUCCAUAAGCCUCUCAUAUCUGGUUCAACAAUUGGUCUAGAAGGACAGUUAACGGUUUAUAACCAUAAUGGAAGUCCGUGUUACCGGUGUCUUUUUCCAGACUCAGCAGCAUGCCAGAGUGAUUCAGAUAAUGGAAUUCUUGGGGUUGUUCCAGGAGUGAUUGGCUGCCUACAAGCUCUUGAAGUUAUAAAGGUCGCAACUCGUAUCGGUGAACCCCUUUGUGGAAGAAUGAUACAUUUUGAUGCAUUCUCCUCCCGUUUUAAGACUGUUAAAAAGAUCCAUCAAAGGUCGUCAACUUGCACGGUUUGUGGAGAUCAUCCUAAUUUGACUGAAGACACUUUUAUGAUGUUUGACUAUGUCAGCUUCGCAGAGUCUUCAAAUCCCAGUAAGCCGGCGCCAAGCCUGAACCCGCUCCCACAGAACGCCCGGAUCAGCUGCAGAGAAUACAAGCGGCUGCUCGACAGCGGGCGGCCUCACCUGCUGCUGGACGUGCGGCCGGUGCACCACUUCCAGAUCGCCUCCAUAGCCAACUCCGUGAACAUCCCGCUGCACGAGCUGAUGGAGAAGCUUCCCCGGCUCAGGGACGCCCUGAGCCAAGUGGCGGACGUGUCGCGCGGCAGGCACCGCCCCGUGUACUUCAUCUGCCAGCGCGGCGAGGACUCCCAGGCGGCCGUCCACAUCCUCCGGGAGAACGGGUUUCCUUACGCUAGCGACGUGAUCGGCGGCCUUGAGUCGUGGGCGCGAGAAAUGGAUCCCGGGUUUCCUGUGUACUGGUGAAAUGCCAAUUUUUUUUCUUUCAUUUGGUUAUUAUUAGACAAAUCUGUAUUCUCCCCUCAAGGUCCUUAGCUAAUAGCUACCGCCAAAUUACAACAGAGGUGAUUGGAGUAGUACUUUGGUACUAUAGUUUCUUAGAUAUAUAUAAUUUUGUGGGGCCACCUGAGGAAUGUAAACCAGCCAAUCUUACUCCAGUUCAAUAUUAAUUGGAUUUUAAUGGA